AUGUCUGUCACUACCCACUCGCCAUUCCUGGCUCUUCCGCGCGAGUUGCGCGACGAGAUCCUUGGCUACCUUAUUCUACCCCAAUACGUUUACACAUCAACUUCAGCCAAGGAUAUACAGAAUCUGUACAAAUCACGUCAACGCGCCAUUGACACUUACCUCGAUACGCGUAUCUAUCUGCCUUCUCGUCCGCCUGCAAACAUCUUGGCCACUUGUCGGCAGCUGCGAGAAGAGUGCCUGGAACGCCGUCUCGAUCCAACAAUAUCUGUAGCACUCUCGACCCCCGAGAAUCGGCCCCUGAGCAACAUCCUAGCUGAACGAUUAGGGACCGAAUUCGCUGAGGAAGCAGAGCGUGCCUGCGAUGAUGACGCUCCGCGGAUCACGCUGGAGAUUCAGAGACAACUACGUGGGGCUCAUGGUUACUAUAUUCCGACACGCGACGAGGUUUCGCCUCGGUUUUUGGCACUACUCCCAAUCAUGGAGAGGAACAAGAAGCUGAGAUUGACCCUAUGGCCCGGUUACGACUGGUGGAACGGUGGCCCACCCGUCUUCACCGACAAGCGUGGAAAUGUUCGAGUCAACCCUGGUGAGGCAGCGAAGCCUAACGCUGCCUCGGUUGCCAUCAGUCGGAUGCUUCAGCACUUCCCCCAUGUCGAAGAACUCAGUGUAGAUGUGCUUAUGCAGGCAUCUGAUGGUGGUAGAUGGGACUUACCGGACAAGAAAUGGGAGAAUAUUCAGUCAUGGCUGGACGCACCGAUCAUGCCUAACAUGGAACGGACAAUGAAGAAGGUGACCAGAAAGCUCACCGCUUUCUGGUUAGCAUCAGAACCAGAGUCCUUUUACGUACAACAGGAAAUCCAGCAAUCAGGCAAUACCUGGAAAGUCGACCGGAAGGGUGACAUGGGCACUCCCACAAUGAUCUCCUUUUUCGAUACCGCCAUUGAUGGCGACAUGGAAUUUCUUCGAUCGCUCGUACUGAUCAGUUUCUGGGGUUCUUCCGCCGGUUAUAUUAUCGCUAGUCUGCUGUCAAAUCCACCAAUCUUCCGAAUAGCCCUCACACCUUGCUCGGGUGAUCGACAAGUAUGCGGUCUGACCAUGGGACACCCUGGAGAGGACGCAUUCCUUAUCGCCAGCACGGCAUCGCUUGCCCUCGCUGUACCUACCGCUACCAUCCAGAAGCGUGCGGACUACUGCGGUCAAUGGGAUAGCACCGUAACUGGUGACUACACCGUUUACAACAACCUUUGGGGCCAAGCCGAUGCCACCUCUGGUUCUCAAUGCACCGGCGUUGACGGCCUCAGCGGCAGAUCUCUCAAGUGGCACACAUCGUGGUCCUGGACUGGCGGUCCUGGACACGUCAAGUCCUACGCCAACGUCGUCACGAAGAUCACACAGAAGGCGGUCUCUUCCAUCAAGUCUCUCCCCUCCGUCUGGAAGUGGACCUACGCAGGCGAUGACCUUGUCGCAAACGUCUCCUACGACCUCUUCACCUCUUCAAAGGUCGACGGCUCCCCAGAGUACGAGAUCAUGAUUUGGGUUGGUGCCCUUGGUGGUGCUGGUCCCAUUUCCGCUACGGGAAGCCCUAUUGCUACCGUUAACCUUGCUGGCAACACCUGGAAAUUGUACAACGGAAAGAACGGACAGAUGAACGUCUUCAGCUUCGUUGCAGAGAAGCAGGUCAACAACUUCAAUGGCGACUUGAUGACAUUCGUUAAAGAAAUCACGAGCAAGCAUGGCCUGCCUACCAGCCAGAUCUUGACUAGCGUCGGUGCUGGAACUGAGCCUUUCUCUGGUAACAAGGCGAAGCUCACUGUUACUGAGUACAGCCUGAGCCAGAGCUAA